AUGUUUGCUAAAAGUGCUGUGAUAUUGCAAAUUAUUCUCUGCCUUGUGCUAUGUGGUGCAGUCCAAUGCAAAAGGGAGGAUAAUGUGAAGAGAAAGCCCAACAUUAUUGUGAUUAUGGCGGAUGAUCUUGGUUCUCACGAUUUAAGCUUACGUGGAAGUAAUCAAAUUUUAACGCCCAAUUUGGAUGCUCUGGGCUAUCAGGGAGUCAUCCUCAAUCGACACUACACAGCAGCAAUGUGCUCACCAUCAAGAGCUGCCUUUAUGAGUGGAAAGUACUCCAUUCACACGGGCUUGCAGCAUUUAGUGAUCCUGGCCGAUGAGCCACGAAGUCAUCCACUCAACGACAAGAUCCUGUCGCAAUACCUCAAGGAGGCAGGCUAUCAGAAUCACAUAGUUGGCAAAUGGCAUUUGGGCCUGGCCCGGAAGGCCUUUCUUCCCACAUAUCGGGGAUUUGAUUCGCACGUUGGCUUCCUCGGUCCGUACAUUGAUUACUUCGACUUUACGCACAUUGCAUCGUACCGCACGUACCCAGCUGGAUUUGAUUUUAGACGCAAUGAGAGCCUCUACUGGGAUAGAGUUGGGGAGUACGCAACGGACGUUCUCGCGGAUGAAUCAUCGAAGAUUAUUCUCAAUCACAAUGCUGCUGAGGGUCCUCUCUUCCUGUUCUUAUCGCAACUUGCCCCACAUACGGCCAAUGAGAGGGAUCACCUUCAAACCGUACCGGAAGAUCUGGCAAAAGUUGGACACAUCAAGGAUCCCAAUAGGAGGAAGUACGCUGCAAUGGUUAUUGCGCUGGAUCGAUGUGUGGGACAAGUUGUUGAGGCACUCAAGGUGAAAGGGAUACUCGACAAUACCUUCAUUCUUUUCCUAUCGGACAAUGGUGGACCUACAGUUGGCCAGCAUUCCAACAUGGCGUCAAACUUUCCACUAAGAGGGCAAAAAGACAGCCCAUGGGAAGGAGGACUGAGAGGAACAGCCCUUGUUUGGAGUACUCAACUGCAGAAGCGUCACUACGUCUCUGAGCAUCUAACCCACAUAACUGAUUGGUUCCCAACGCUCUCCCAAAUGGCCGGCGCUAAAUCGUACAAAUUCAAAAAGAUCGACGGUAACGACAUUUGGCAAACAAUAUCGUUGAACAGGAGCCCCCUCCGAAGGGAAAUAGUUCACAAUAUUGAUCCAAUUGGUGGGUACACGUCCUACGUCCGGGAUGGAUGGAAGUACGUCAACGGGACAACAUGGGGUGGAACUUUUGACUACUGGGUGGGUCAAAUGCCCUUCGAGGAGAGCCCCAAAACGCCAUUUUACACAAAAAUCGUCAUGGAUAGCCCCGUGUGGCGUGCCCUCAAUCCCUACGCCACGAAGAACCUCAAGUCAAAAGACAUCGAAGAGAUGCGGAGGAAGACAAAGAUAAAUUGUCAGAGAAAAAUUCCACCAUCGCGUGAUUGCAAUCCAAUGGAGGCUCCCUGCUUGUUCUACCUGGAGGACGAUCCGUGCGAAGUGAGCAACUUGGCACACUUCCGGCCGACACGAAUGGCCGUCAUUGAGAAGAGACUUGAGGAAAUACAACGGACAAUGGUACCACCGAAUAAUCUUCAGCAGGAUCCAGCAGCGAAUCCUGCACUCCACAAUGGGAUAUGGACGUGGUGGUUGGAAACCCAAUAAAUGUCCUUCAUGUGAUGUACAAAGAAAUAAAAAGUAUAGGUGUUCGAAA